GCCGGCCAACGCUGUUCUACCCCAUCGUGCUCCUGGACCUUGUAAUCGCAAUAGCUGUCCUUCUACGUUCCCCGUCAUCCAGCACGAGCACCGCUAGUCCGUCCAACAGAUUUAUCGAAUGAUUUUUGAUGCGCAGUCGGAAGGACACCUCAGAUCAUGGCUUGUCAGGACGCUUGAACCAAUAUGUGAUGCUGAGCCAGGUGCUCUUGCGGACUAUGUGAUUGCCCUCCUACGCCAUUCUGGGCCAGAGGCGGAGAUGCGGAAGGAGUUGCAAGAGCAAUUGGAGGAGUUUUUGGAAAAAGAGGGCCCGCCAUUCAUCGACCAGCUCUUUGCUGCACUCCGAUCCAAGUCUUAUUUACCCUACUCCGCCGCCUCGCCACCCCCGACACCCUCCGGGUCCGCUCUGGAUAACGAUAACGGCAUCCCUAUUCCGCUCGAUGGUUUACUAACCCCCUCCAUCCCGUCCCCCGAGCGCGGUCGGAAGCGAAGCUUCGAUUUUGACGAACGCGACGGGCGACCCCCGGCUAAGAGCGCGAGGGUCAGUAAUGACGGGCAGUUCUCCCGGUAUUCGAAUGGACGGGGGGACCAUCGAUCAACCGGGUCGUGGGGAGCCAGGCCGGAGCGAUUUCCAAGGGGGAAUAGAGAAUUUGCAGAUCCUAUGGAUUCUGGGAUGAUGGGCAUGGCGGGAGGUAUGAAUGGGCGGCUUGGACAGGCGUACCAACCUCCGGGACAGAAGAGAGGCAUAUGCAGAGACUAUUUCCACAAGGGAUACUGUGCUCGCGGUGCGAUGUGUAAGUUUAGCCACGGAGAAGACGCUGUCGUCCCGGGACAGCUGCUCCCCAUGAACGGCCAGAUGGGCGGGAUGCCGUUCGGUCCUAUGUCCCUUGGUGGUGGCGGUGCCUAUGACCCCAACGAACGGAUGGACAUGCGACCACCAGGCGGCGGUCGUAUGAAUCGUGCACCACUAUUACCUCGAGUGCAGCAAGAGGGCGGUGGUAGCCAGGUGUUAAAUCCUCCCACGUCAGGGGAGCUGCCUGUGAUUCAGGAUUUAACGCCGCGCGUACCAGAAGAAGAUAAUGGAGAGACCAAGAACGGAGAUGUGUAUCAGACUCGGAAUGGUCAGCAAGGUGGACGGGGGCAUGUGCCGAUGGAUGUGGAAAUGUCUCUUCCUAUGCCUAUGCCUAUGCCCAUGCACAUGCCCAUGCGCGGUCCGUCGAGGGGAGCUAUGAGAGGACGUGGACGAGGUGGUAUGUUCUCUGCCGAAGUUCACAAUUUCAGACCCGAACGGAAACGAGACGACAAAACGCUGGUGGUGGAGAAAAUCCCGCAGGACAAGCUCAGCCUGGACGCGGUCAACGGCUGGUUCAAGCAGUUCGGGACUGUCACCAAUGUCGCGAUAGACACGCAUACAUCGAAGGCCCUGGUCAGUUUCUCCACUCAUGAUGAAGCGCAUGCUGCAUGGCGCUCGGAGGAAGCUGUGUUCGGGAAUCGUUUCGUCAAGGUGUUCUGGCAUCGGCCCAUGGAGGGUCACGGACAACUGGGUCAGAGGCUAUUAGCAGCUUCGGCACCCGUUGUGGCCAACAUGUCCACUAAGGAGGAUUCUCCUGCUGCUCCGGGUCUUCAGCCAUCAGGGGCAUCCCCUGCUGGACGCAAGCCCUCGACAUCAUCGUCUGCUGCGGCCUUGGCUGCGAAGCAACAGCUGCUUGAGCAGCAGAUUAGCGAACAAAAGACGCUGAUGGAGAAAUUGGCCACGUCCACCGGAGAGGAGAAGAAAGAAGUCUUAGCGCGUCUGCGCCAGCUGGGCCAGGAAAUAAAGGCGACUAUGUCGAGCCCAGGAUCAUCACUCCCAUACGCUGCCUCGCUGACCCCUACUGUGAAACAGAAGACGCCUACCCCCGGUCCAGCUGAUCUGGAGCAGAAGGAGAAGGAGAGGUUGGACAAGGAACUUGAAUUACACGCUGUCGCUACUGCUGCUGAAGGCGAGAGCACGGAAGGUCUCAAGGCCAAACUUGCGAAGCUUCAAGCAGAGGCUGCUAGCCUUGGGCUUUCUGAAGGAUCUUCAAGCUACGGCAGCACAUUCCACCGGCCCUAUAGAGGGCGUGGACGGGGCGGUCGUGGAUUCUAUCGUGGAGCGAUGCGUGGUGGCCCCCCCAGAACGAGUCUGAAAUUAGACAACCGUCCGAAAAAGCUCCUCAUCAAGGGCGCGCCUAGUGAAAACGUGCAGGGUGUACGGGACUGGUAUGAAGCCACCGGUCAUAUGGAAUCCUUGGAGACUCUAGACAAUGGUGACAUUGUUGUGUCUUUCAAAUCCCGGGGAGCUGCAGAACAGGGUUUGGCUAAGGGAACAAACAUCCCCUCUGUUGGUCAAGUGCGGAUAUCCUGGUUUACUGGACAAUCAGCGGGCACAGCUGCCGACACCAGCGCAUCUGCAACUCAAGACGCAAGCGAAUCAAUGCCGCCUUACGACAUGGACACUCGCCAUUCACCCCCCGUUCAAGAGGAGGUCACGGCGAGUGGAUGGGGCGAUGAGGAAGAUGGGAUGGGGCUGUUAUAGUACUACCAUUUACAAUCUUGCUAAUGCUCACUUGUGUAUAUUUAUUCCGUAUCGUUUGCCUGUGCAGUCAGCGAAUGCGACUGGAAUACGGACGCCAAGCCCGGCAGCAAUAUUAUUGCACCUUGCUG